AAAAGAUUACACAUAAUGUAUCUCAACCUUAACAUCGGCAUACUUGGUCAUGUGGAUUCGGGAAAGACAACGCUAGCCAAAUCGUUGAGCGCAAUAGCAAGUACGGCCGCCUUUGACAAAAAUCCACAAUCCCAGGAACGUGGAAUAACGCUUGACCUUGGAUUUAGUGCACUGCAGGUAGAUCUUCCAUCACAUAUAAGGGAGCAAUGUACGGCACAAGGGUACGAAAAGCUCCAGUACACCUUUGUCGAUUGUCCUGGACAUGCCAGCCUCAUACGUACCAUCAUCGGAGGUGCACAGAUAAUCGACCUGAUGCUACUGGUAAUCGAUUCGGAAAAAGGAAUCCAACCACAAACGGCCGAAUGUUUAAUAAUCUGUGAACUAACGUGCCGAAAGAUGAUUGUUGUGCUGAACAAAAUCGAUGCUCUGCGUGAUCCGACUCAGAAGCAGAAAACGUUGACUCGAUUGCGGAAAGGGAUUGGGGGUGUGGUUUCUAAGAUGUCUUUUGAUGAAACACCGCUCGUGGCCAUAUCAGCUGCUACGGGUGAAAAUGUUUCCGAGCUGAUAGAAACGAUGCGUUCGAAGUCUUUCAUUCCCCAAAGGAAUCCAGAUUUACCGUUUAUGUUUGCAGUCGAUCAUUGUUUCGCAAUUAAAGGGCAAGGUACCGUCUGUACCGGUACGGUGUUGCAGGGCACGGUAAGCGUUAAUGAUGGGAUUGAAAUUCCGAAGCUGAAGCUGCAACGGAAGGUCAAGUCGAUUCAAAUGUUUCGCAAAAGCUAUCAAACCAUACGGCAGGGUGAUCGGGCCGGCAUUUGUAUUACCCAGUUCGAUCCGAAAUCGUUAGAGCGUGGUAUUGUGUGUGCUUCGAACUAUGUACAUCACGUUUACGCGGCAGUAGUGCGAUUGUGUAGCGUAAAAUACUACAAACGUCCAAUAAAAUCUAAGGCGAAAUUUCACAUCACCUGCGGAUAUGAGACGGUAGUAGCAACGAUCCUGCUAUUUAGUGGAGAAGAGGAGUCCUUCUCCUACACACAACAGUACGAGUACGUAGAGGAAAUAGCAAACGAUCAAGAUCAGCAGAGACACAUUUUUGCACUGCUAGAGUUUGAAACGCCUGUUCUUGCUUUCGAAAAUGUGCUCAUUAUUGGCUCAAAGCUGGACAGCGAUGUGCAUGCAGCCGAUUGCAGAAUAGCCUUUUCUGGACGGUUGGCGCACACUAUACGAGACUGUAAAUACACGGAAACGAUCCUACCGGAGCUACAAAUAUACAAACACAAAACUAAAACUGGUUCAAUUCAGCGGGUGGUAAAUGAAAAUGAAUUGAUAGCAGUAGGACUGUUUAAAAAGUCGGCCAACAAUCGUCAAGCAUUCGUUGGACUUGGAGUCAGCCUAUCGACUGGAGAGCGUGGCACCAUUCUGGACACUUUCGGUGCAAGUGGAAAGGUAAAGUUACACUUUGCGGAACCAGUUUCGGCGGAUGUUUUGCAACGAGUAGGACAGAAAGGACCUACGCCACAGGGAGAGGUGAAAGUUGAGCUUAAGUUUAAAAAGUUUUUGUUCCGCAAAAAUGCAAAAGUUCAGAAAAUUCUACAAUAA